AUGAAAAUUUUAGGUAUCUCACUUGGAAUUUAUGACCUGUUUGUAUUGAGUUUAACAUUACUCAUUAUAAGAAUAUUUGGUUAUUAUUACAAAUAUUAUACGAGACAAGAUCCACUUCCUGCUCCUUUUCCACUACCAUUUGUUGGCCACCUAUUUGACCAUCUUAUUUAUAGUAACGAUUUUUCCGAGUACUGUCAUCGAUUGCAAGACAAAUACGGUGACGUUUAUGAACAAUGGUUUGGAAGUGAGCGUAUUAUAUUUACUAUUAGAAUAGAAUAUAUGGAUAAGUUAUUGUCACCAUCAACUAAAAGCAAAUAUCUAGUGAGACUUCCUGAUCCUGAAGGAUUAAAAGAAUUAGGUGUAUUCGGAAAAGGACUUAUACUUAACCACGAUGUUAGUAAUUGGAAAUUUAAUAGGCAGUUUUUUACCCAGGCCAUAUCAGCACCAAACUUUUUAAAAGAAACUGUUAAUUAUACUCAAGCAGCAUUUAACGAGAUGGAGGAGUGUUGGAAAAUUGGAUUAGACGAUAAUACCAUUACUGAUUUUUCAGAGUGGUCGCAUAGUCUUGCAACGGACAUCAUAUUUCAAAUGAUAACAGGGAAGAAAACGUGGGCCACGGCUUCUUAUUUUUUAACCGUUUCUCCUGGAUUAAAUUCGGUUGAUAUGCAGAGAUUUAAUAAAGAAGACAUCAAACAAUCAUCUGAAUUAUCAAAAGCGUUUCAAACGUAUAUAAUGGGACUGGAUUUUUUUACACUUUUUCCUAAAUGGGUAAGACUCUAUAUCCCGGGUUUUAGAGAAACUCAUAAAAAAAUUUUAAACGCACGUGACAUAUUGUUUAAUAGAAUAGACGAUAUUAUUAAGGAGAGAAGAAGAGAAAUAGAAAGUCCACCAAAAAAUGAGAAAUUAAGAUCUGACAUGCUUACACUAUUGAUUACAGCAAAUACGGAUAGAAGUAUCCCGGAUACACAAGGCAACACCCAAGAAUACACAAAACCUUUAACAGAUGAGGAUAUACGCGUAAUCAUUAUAGAAGCCUUGGGAGGCGGAGUUGACACCACCGCGAAUGUAUUCAGUUUUGUUAUUUAUUACCUUGCUCAUCAUCCCGAAGUUAAGAAUCAAUUACGUCAAGAAAUUGAUGAUACAAUUAAUGAUCGAUCAAUCACAUACGAAGACUUAUCACUCCUGACCUACUGCGAGGCCGUAAUUAAAGAGGUCUCUCGUAUAAUGGCUACAUCACCCUUCAUAGGUCGUGCUAGUUCUGAAUCGGAUUUGAUAGGAGGCGUUGAACGGGAAGCGGGCACACGUUAUCUUAUUUUUACACCAGGAAUCCAUUUAAAUAAAGAUUUUUGGGUUGAACCAGAAAAAUUUAACGUUGACAGAUUUAUUAAUUUUAAUGAGCAAGAGCAACAGAACGAGAAGAAGUAUAGUUUGAUGAUGUGGGGUGGUGGAUUAAGACAGUGCCCUGGUAGAAAAAUGGCAAUGAUCGAACUAAAGUGCCUAUUGGUUUUGACGUUCAAAAAUUGGGAUAUUGACUUGGUAGAUUUGAAUGCACCAUUGAAGAGUGAAGUAAACCUUGUUAGAAGUGCUAAAGAUUUGAAUGUUACGAUUAAACCUCGAAACAACUAA